AUGAAUAUAGCUCAUCCUAAAUUUGACCCUCAGAAGAAGCUAAAUGACGUAGGACUCUUGAGACUGGAUAGAGAAGUGCAGUACAACGACAUCAUUCGUCCAAUCUGCAUGGUCUUGGAUUCCGGAUUCAACCCAAAACUAAUGGAUAAAUUCCAGGUCUUCGGCUGGGGUAUAACCGAAAACAUAACUUUUAGCGAAGAGCUAAAGAUGAUCUCCCUGGCUCGUAGAGAUCCCAUCCAUUGUUUUAAUGCCGAAACUUAUUCGAAGAUCUGCGCAGGCGCGCUUAUUGGUGACACCUGUUCGGGCGACUCUGGCGGACCCUUGGUCGGCGAGGUUCAGUACAUGGACAAUCUGAUCAUCGCUCAGAUUGGAAUCGCCGAUGGCGUCUACACGGAUAUUAAGACCUUCACGUGGAUUGUGAGGUUAGGAGUAUAUGAUAGAUCCUGCACUGUUUGCAAAGAAGUGAAGGAGUAUAAUGUGGUCGAGAGUAUACCUCAUCCUAGGUUUAGCGUAUAUCAAGAGUCGAAUGAUAUAGGCCUUUUGAGGUUGGACAAAGACGUAAAGUAUAACUCUUACAUCCGCCCAAUGUGCCUGAUCCUGGAUCCCAGAUUUAACCCAAGAAUCAUCGAUAGAUUCCAGGUCUUCGGCUGGGGUAUAACGCAAAACAGUACGCUAAGCCAAGUUGUACAGACCACCCAUAUGAACCGAAGGACACCACCUACCUCCGAUUGCUCGUUUGCCAACACGAAUUCAAAGAUCUGCGCUGGCUCCGAGCUAGCGUACACCUGUAUGGGCGACUCUGGUGGGCCCCUGAUCUCCGAGGUCCAAUAUAAAAACUAUCUGAUCUUUGCACAGAUCGGAAUAGUCAGUAAUGGACCAGAGUCUUGCAUGACUGAUGCCGUCUAUACGGAUGUUAAUUACUUCAAGUGGUGGAUACAAAGUCACGUUUCAAGAUAA